GAGGCAGAGGAACCCGUUCUCUUGUCAGGAAAGACAACCAGCACACUUGUGAACAUGUCUGUCUGUGGCUGAGUUGUAGUGGAGGAAAGGAGGUCAUGGGAAGUUAGAACAUUUGAACAAACAUUAAAGUGUGUGCUCAAGUCCCCUAGUAUGAGGGCAGGAGGUGGGGAGAAGAUCCAGACCGUGAGCCCAGAGCUGAAUUCACUGAGGAGGGAAGGACAGGGUCUGGGGGUCCAUUGUAAUGGCCUCAGGAUCUGGAUUAGGUGAUGAUAUAUUUGGAUGAAUGAACCCCAACAGAAGAGAGGUGGCUGGUGAUGGUGGUAGGGGAAGUGCCUGGAAGAGGCCAUUAGGAGCAAAGAGAAUUCUACCUCUCCCACCAUGACCAAGGUUAGCUCAGCUGCAUAUGGACCCUCCCUGGGACAGAAGCCACCGAGGCCGGCAGGCAGGGGCAGCCAGCGUGCGUGUGACUGAUCUGAGCUGGCAUGGCCUCCAGAACCCCAGGCCCCUGAUAAAGGACAAUGACAGCGCUGAGGUGCUGUUCGAGGAGUACCUGUCCCCCUCCAAGCUGCAGGCUUUAGCUCAAGUGGAGGACCUGCAGCAGGUGACGGCGCUCGAGAUGUGUGUAGACACGCGGGAGUACAGCUUGGGAAACUUUGGUGCCCAUCUGCCCAAUCUGAGCCAAUUAAAACUGAACAACAGCCUGCUGGCCUCCAUCAGGGACCUGGGCACUUCCCUGUCUCACCUCCAGAUUCUGUGGAUGCUUCGUUGCGGGCUGGCAGACUUGGAUGGAAUCAGUUCCCUUCACUCCCUGAAAGAGCUCUACAUGUCCUACAACAAUAUUUCUGACUUGAGCCAAAUCUGUCUGCUGGAUCAGCUCGAGGUUCUGGACCUGGAGGGCAACAACAUUGAGAACCUAGAGCAGGUUCGGUACCUGGGUCUCUGCAAAAAACUCCAUGUGCUCACUCUGGAGGGGAAUCUGAUCUGCCUGAGGCCAGAGCCAGAAGCAGCUGAGGCCCCAGACUAUAACUACAGGGCCGAGGUGAAAAAGCUCAUUCCCCACCUCCAGUUCUUGGAUGACAUACCUGCUGGCCAGACCUCCCUCCAGGCCACCCGGAAGCUCAACAAAGACUGGCUUAUUGUCAAGGAGUCCAUCAAAGAGGCCAACUUAGAUGGCUCACGGUUUAAUUUUUAUGCAGGCUUACCAAGGCAGAGGCUCAACCCCAAUCUGAGGCUGUCCACGAGCCCUUUACCACCAACUCCACAGCCAUGGCCUCUCCCUGUGGGCCGGCUGCCCUGGACAAUGCCCCUGUCAUCUCCUGGGAGUCCCCUUCCAGAAGCCUUCCUCCCCGAGGAGCUGGCCCCUGACACCAGUGAUUCCAGUGACCUGACCCAUGGAGUCAGUCGGGUCCUCUGUGGAAACCCCAUCAAAGGCCUGCAGGAGCGCCGGCAGAAGCUAUGUGACCACAGUGGACGCACAGCUCCCCAGCCUCCAGCCCUGGGGUUUGUCAGGUCACCUCUGAAGGGACCGGAAGAGCCCUCUGGUGGGGAAGAGGACCUCUGGGCACAGUUCAAGGCUUGGAGGGAGAAGCGGCAGCAAUGCUCCCAGAUUUCCCAGGUGUGUUCCCAAGAGGAAGAGGAAGAGGACUCGAUUGUGCUGAAUGACCAGGAGGAAGAGGAGAAGGCCAAGGGGCCCCUCGGGUCUUGCCCAGGCUCCCCAAGCCCUGCCCCAGAUCUUUCCAAAGUCAUGAGCAGCAGCAGACAGCCAGCUGGGCCCAGCUACCCCCUGAUCCCUUCUUCCCUCAAGUGCCCAUCCCCACCCCCACUGUCUAGCCCCAAAGGGCACUCAAGGUUGGAGCUUCGGGGCAGGCGAAUGAGCCUGAACCUCACCAUCAGUCCAUUGUCCAGUUCAGAGGCAGGGGCCCACCUAGGGAAGAGGUUAGCCCCGCGGACUCCCUUCAGGUGUCUCAUGGCCCUGAGAAGCCCAGGAUCCCAGAGCCAGCCAGAGCAUCGAGGGGUCAAGCCAUCUGUGGGAUCUGGACUCACCAAGGCCACGUUCAGCCCACAGGGCCUCAGACCAGCAGCCAGGGUCCAGUCACCUGCAUCCUUUGUCUCCUACACACCCUCCCCACUGGAGCCAGCCUUCUCUCUCCUCAGACAUCAGGCAGAGAGAAGUGCGCCCGAGGGACCCAGCUAUAGGCAGCCCAUUAUCCACUCUCCAGCCAAGGCCCCAGAGAAGAUGCUUCUGCCAGCCCCUGCCCAGCCGCUCACCAGCAGCAGCGGCGGCAGCAGCACCCUACACAGGUUGCCCAGCCGGCCCAGCCUGGGACCCAUCACUACCCCACCCCCAACACCCCCAGCCCAACCCCAGAGGAACUCUAAGUCAUAACACUGUGGUGGCAGCUGCUUGGGCAAGCAGACAUGGUCCCCAGAGCCGCUGACACCAGAUCCAAGACCUGCAGCUGACCCCAAGGACACAGAGCCCCGACAAGGCCUCCUUGACCCUUGAGUCCUGUCAGAGACUCUGCGGAGGGGGCAGUAGGGAUGAGAGCCGGCCAAUGCUUGGGGCAGGGGCCAUCCCCAUGGCACCCCACGAGUCCUAGGAUGGGAGGGGCUGGGCUGGGGAAGGAGGGCAAGACGCUUGAGUGGAGGGGAACAAAAUUCUUGCCUGAAGUCACUUGGUGCUGGAGCCUCAGCCUG